AUGGCCACCGCGAAGGGUUUCCUCAACCCCCACAAUGACCCUGAGAUCCUCGACUACCGGAAGGCGGAAGAGUAUCUCAAGGAGUACGAGACCCGUGAUGGCCUCAGCGUCUACGAGCUGAUGGACACCCGGAAGCACGGCGGUCUCACCUACAAUGACUUCCUCCUGCUUCCCGGCUACAUUGGCUUCCCCGCCUCGGCGGUCACUCUAGACUCGCCCAUCACCAAGAAGAUCACCCUGAAGACGCCGUUCGUCUCGUCGCCCAUGGACACCGUCACGGAGCACGAGAUGGCCAUUCACAUGGCUCUUCAGGGCGGUCUGGGCGUCAUCCAUCACAACUGCACGCCCGAGGCCCAGGCCGACAUGGUCAGGAAGGUGAAGCGCUAUGAGAACGGCUUCAUCCUCGACCCUGUCGUCAUCUCGCCCACCACUACUGUUGGUGAGACUAAGGCGCUGAAGGAGAAGUGGGGCUUUGGUGGCUUCCCUGUGACAGAGACCGGCAAGCUUGGCUCCAAGCUCCUGGGCAUUGUCACCAACCGGGAUAUCCAGUUCGAGGAAGAUCUUGACAAGCCGGUCAGCGAGGUCAUGGUCACUGACCUGAUCACUGCCCCUGCCGGCGUCACUCUCAAGGAGGCCAACAAAAUCCUGGCUCAGUCCAAGAAGGGCAAGCUGCCUAUCGUCGAUGCUGAGGGAAACCUCGUCUCGAUGAUCUCGCGCUCCGAUUUGACCAAGAACCUCCACUUCCCCCUGGCUUCUAAGAAGCCCGACUCCAAGCAGCUCCUCUGCGCUGCCGCCAUUGGCACUCGUCCCGCCGAUAAGGACCGCCUUGCUCUCCUCGUUGAGGCUGGUCUCGAUAUCGUCGUCCUGGACAGCAGUCAGGGCAACAGCAUCUACCAGAUCGAGAUGAUCAAGUGGAUCAAGGAGACAUACCCCCACCUCGAGGUCAUCGGCGGUAACGUCGUUACCCGGGAACAGGCAGCCGCCCUCAUUGCCGCCGGUGUCGAUGGUCUCCGCAUCGGCAUGGGCAGCGGUAGCGCCUGCAUUACCCAGGAGGUUAUGGCUGUUGGCCGUCCCCAGGCCACCGCCGUCUUCCAGGUCAGCACUUUUGCCGCCCGCUUCGGCGUCCCCUGCAUCGCCGAUGGUGGUAUCCAGAACGUUGGCCACAUCGUCAAGGGUCUCGCCCUCGGCGCCUCGACCGUCAUGAUGGGCGGUCUCCUGGCCGGUACCACCGAGUCUCCCGGUACUUCGUUCGUGUCCCGCGAGGGUAAGCUCGUUAAGGCCUACCGUGGCAUGGGCAGUAUCGACGCCAUGCAGGACAAGAAGGCCGCCGGCGGCGGCAAGGAUGCUCAGAAGAGCAACGCUGGCACUGCUCGCUAUUUCUCCGAGGGUGACAGCGUCCUCGUUGCCCAGGGUGUCUCUGGCGCUGUUGCGCACAGGGGCUCCGUCACCAAGUUCGUCCCUUACCUCAUUGCCGGCCUCAAGCACUCCAUGCAGGACUGCGGCAUCACCAGCCUCACCGAGCUUCACCAGAAGGUUGCCGACGGUACUGUGCGGUUUGAGCUCCGCACUGCCAGUGCGCAGCUGGAGGGUGGUGUCAAUAUGGAGUCGUAUGAGAAGAAGCUCUAUGCUUGA